UCCGACCGACGCUCCAGACGAGGACGCUUGUCCCUUCCUUUUCUUCCUUUUCAAGCUUCUGUAUAUAAACAUGGUCGUCCAGUUCCGGCGACUGGAUUUUCAGACGAAGCCAUGGCGCCAGAUCUCAGUCCAACCUCACUCCAGAACGACGGGGACGAACAUCAGAAGGGAGCAGAGGAUGGAGGGGAGAAGACAGAGAGCAAGACGCUCUUGAACAGUCUCCUCUCCACCAUCAUCCCCGAAAAGGCGCCGCCGGCGACGGCGGCGGACGGAGCUGGUGGCGGACGCGGCAACGACGAUGGGGGCCCCGAGGACGGCGAGGGAAAUGGCGGCGGCGGCGGCGGCGGCGGGGGGAUCAUCGGUCACUUGAUCUCGAACCUGGUCUCUCCCGGGAGCCCCGAGGCGGGGCGGUGGUCGGGGAAGAGGAAAGCGGAAGCCUUGGAGGUCGAGGACGGCGGAAGAGGCGGCGAGGCCGGUGGGGUUUCUAGGGCGAAGAGCGAUGGGGAAAGUGAAGCAGUCGGUGGUGGCGGUGGCGGUGGGGUGAUAAGCAGUCUUAUUUCGAGCUUCUUUUACUCAAGUGAGGAGGGAGAAGGAAGUGCUUUCGCCGCCGCCGCCGCUGCCGGAGGUGAUGAGAUAGAGAGACAUCGGGCGGCUGAAGGAGGCGAGACGAUGGUGGCCGCGGCGUCGGAGGUGGAUGAGGGGAGCGGCGGUGGCGGGGGCGGCAGGGGCAUCAUCGAGAACAUCAUCUCUCACCUGCCAGAGGAUGCAUGUCCGACUACUGAUGAGGCCUCUAUGCUGAUUCACUCCAUCGUUCGAGACUGAGAAGCUAAUUUCGGACUUCCGAAAUUCAUCUUUCUUAUUGGUCCACGGGAGGAACUUUUUUCUUCUUCUUCUUCUUCUUCUUCUUUUUUUAAAUAUUAUUGUGAUUUAGGGACAAAAACUGUGUAACUUCACUAUGUUGAUGGUUUUCUUUGUUCUUUGGAUGAUCUUUAAGAAUGUUUGUGCUAAUUGGUGUGUACAUUUCUUUACUAAGUAGAGGGUCAAAAAAAUUGAGAAACA